GGUGCUGGCGGCGAGAGGAGCCGCGGCGGGCGGCAGCGGCAGCGGCAGGGGCAGCGGCAGCGGGCAGGGCGCGGCCGGCCCCCGGCAUGGCCCGACAGUAGGCAGCCAGCCCCCGCCGCGCCCCGUGCGUCCUAUGCGAGCCGCCCCGGCGCCAAGAUGAAAGACGAUUUUGCAGAAGAGGAGGAGGUGCAGUCCUUUGGCUACAAGAGGUUUGGUAUUCAGGAGGGGACUCAAUGUACCAAGUGUAAAAAUAACUGGGCACUGAAGUUUUCUAUCAUCUUACUAUACAUUCUGUGUGUCCUGUUAACAAUUACCAUAGCCAUUCUGGGAUACAAAGUUGUAGAAAAAAUGGACAAUGUGACAGGUGGCCUGGAAACGUCCCAUAGAAGAUAUACAGAAAAGCUCACAGAGGUGGAGAGUGAUCUGAAGAAAUUAGAUGACCAAGCUGGACAGAAAGCCUUGAAUACUAACACUGAGCUGUCUAGCUUCAGAUCUGACAUUCUGGCUCUUCGUCAGCAGCUUCAUGACAUUGCAGAGAAAACUACCAGAAAUAAAGAUACACUGGAGAAGCUCCAAGAAUCUGGAAAUGUACUAGAUGACAGACAGAGCCAAAUGAGAAGCGCCUUAGAUAGUAACUCUUUCAUGAUCAUCAGUGUCAAUAAGACUCUUCAGGCAUAUACUGGCUAUAUAAACAAUCUUCAACAAGACACAAGUAAUAUCCAAUCAGAUUUGCAAAACCAAGUGCAUUCUCAUAAUGUGGUCAUCAUGAACCUUAACAACUUAAACUUGACACAAAUACAGCAAAGAAAUCUUAUCAGUGUCCUGCAGAAGUCUAUGGAAGAUAAAAGUUUGGCUAUUCUAAGAAUCAAGAAUGAUUUUCAAAACCUGCAGCAGGUUGUUCUUCAAGCCCGGAAGGACACUGACUGGCUUAAGGAAAAAGUACAGAAUUUACAGACUUUGGCUGCCAACAACUCAGCAUUAGCAAAAGCUAAUAAUGAUACACUUGAAGACAUGAACAAUCAGCUCAGCUCCUUCAGUGGGCAAAUGGAGAAUAUCAGCACAAUUGCCCAAGCCAACGAACAAAAUCUGAAGGAUCUCCAGGAACAGCAUAAAGAAUAUGAAAACAGAACUUCUGCCAAAUUCAACCAACUAGAAGAGAGGUUCCAGGUUUUUGAGACUGAUAUAGUCAAUAUAAUUAGCAACAUCAGCUACACUGCUCAUCAUCUACGGACAUUGACUAGCAAUCUCAAUGAGGUCAGGACAACUUGUACGGACACCUUAAGUAAACAUUCAGAUGAGCUGAUUUUUAUGAACAGCACACUAGCCAAUAUUCGUUUAGACUCUGCAUCACUCAAGAUGCAGCAGGAUUUGAUGAGGUCAAGGUUAGAUGUUGAAGUUGCCAAUUUGUCAGUAAUCAUGGAAGAAAUGAAGCUGGUAGAUUCCAAACACGGUCAGCUCAUCAAGAACUUCACUAUCCUACAAGGCCCUCCUGGUCCAAGGGGACCUAAAGGUGACAGAGGCCCUCAAGGUCCUCUUGGCCCUGCUGGCCUAAAAGGACAAAAAGGAGAGAAAGGAGAGCCUGGACCACCAGGACCUGCAGGUGAAAAGGGCCCACCUGGGCCAAUUGGGCCACCAGGAGAGAAAGGAGGGAAAGGCUCAAGAGGAUCACCAGGCUCCAAAGGUCAAAGAGGUUCUCCUGGCAAAACGGGUCUUCCUGGACCAAGCGGAGACCCAGGGCCACCAGGGCCACAAGGCAAAGAUGGUCCACAGGGGCCACAAGGCCCACCAGGAUUUCAAGGCCUGCAAGGAACUGUGGGAGAGCCAGGCGUACCAGGACCUCGAGGACUACCUGGACUACCUGGAGUCCCUGGGCUGCCUGGUCCAAAGGGCCCACCUGGCCCACCAGGACCACCAGGUCCAGGGAUGCCAAUGGCACUACAGAGCGAACCUACAUCGGUGCCUGAGGCUAACGGUUGUUCUCCUCAUUGGAAGAACUACACAGAAAAAUGCUACUACUUCUCAAUUGAAAGAGAAAUUUUUGAAGAGGCAAAGUUAUUCUGUGAAGAGAAGGCAUCGCGCUUGGUUAUCAUAAACAACAAAGAAGAACAGCAAUGGAUAAAGAGGCAGAUUUCAGGGAAAGGCAGCUUCUGGAUUGGACUUACAGAUUCAGAGAAGGAAAAUGAAUGGAGGUGGCUGGAUGGAUCCUUACCACUUUACACAAACUGGAAAACCGGGCAACCUGAUAACUGGAAUCAUGGGCACGGGCCAGGAGAAGAUUGUGCUGGCUUAAUCUACGCUGGGCUCUGGAAUGACUUCUACUGUGAAGAUGUUAACAAUUUCAUUUGUGAAAAAGACAUGGAUAAAGAGCAAAUAUUUGGAGUGUAACAGGCUGUGACUUUACAGAUACCUACAUGUUGUGAAAAUUCACUUCAAGAAAAAGAGAAUCCCAGGAGAGUGCAACAUUGCCUACAAAACAAAACAAAACAAAACAAAAGUGAAAAGAAAAAAAAAUCAAAACCAAAAGCAAGCACUGAAAACUGGUUAAAUUACAUAAAGGAAUUCAGCAGCAACUCUUCUUCAGCAUCCAAUUGUUUGAAGCCUUUCACCCCACAGCAUCAGGAAAUACCAUUGGACUAAUUCUGCUAUAGAUUUUUCUUCCCAACCAGUAACCGCAGACAUCAGCAACUUGUGCCUUCUGAAAAAGGACAUCCUCUCAAUCUGAGUAAGACUGUUGGUCAGUCUCCUAUAGAAAAAACAUAUGAAGCAACCACGUAAACAGGAUGUUUCAUUUGCUAAAAUCCCAAAUGUAGGAAAAUUAUACAGAUACACAAAUAUAUAGAUUUUAUAUAAAUAUAUAUAUAUAGUCCAACUCUUAUCAAUAAUAUGGAAUAUACUUUUAAGAGCUUUUAAAACUUUGUAUUUUUGUACAAAAUAUUUGCUUUUUACAAUUGUUCUCUUUUUUUAGUGACUUUUUUUUUUUACAAAUAUAGUGCACAGGGGCCAAAGAAAACAAUAAAGAUACUAAUAAUUCACUAAGGUUUGCUACCGGGCCUAGCUCAGCUAUAGAGAAAUAUUUUUCCAGUUAGAACUAUUUGUACUUUCCCAGAUGAUUUGUUAUGGUUAAAUAACUUUUAAAGCAAAUUUUAGGUAGUGUUUUCCUUGUUCUACGCAAUCUAGUCUGCGUGUGUAACAGUGAAGUUGACUAAGGACUAGACACUCAUUGUAGCUCUGAUCUCAGUUGUGUUCCAUCAGGGUACUCUGCAAAGACCAUGCUAAUAAAAGUUCUUCCUUCCUUCCUUCCUUCUUCCGUGCCUUCCUGCCUGCCUUCCAACCUUCUUCCACUGGUGAGGAAAUGCCACAGAACUUGAAAUGUUUUCAUUCCUUCUCCCUGUCUGUGAGGAAUCCUUCCCUAAUAGGUGCUACCCACGCUGCCCAGAGGAGGGAUUUUAAGAAAGCAGAAACAAAAGCACUGCACUUGCAGAAAUAACGUUUCUUUUCAAGAUAGAUUUCAAAAUUUGGUAAUAAAAACAUGCUGUACUCAGAAAGUCUGAUCAACUUGCAUUUCUCCAAAUUACUUUGUAAAUUGAUCUCUCUGUUUUCUUGGACCAGCACUUCUCUCCCAAACAAACUGGAAAAUAAGCUACAAAACAGAAAGCAGUGUGGCUAAGUGAGAUGAUAUCAUCAACCAGACAGCUUCCUCCAUAGUCCCUUGAGCCAUUUUCUAGGCAACAGUGCUGCUUAUCAGGAAUUUAAACAAUUAGCGACCUGUUGAAGCUCGUUAGCACAACCCCUGGUUUUGGUUCCCUGGUUUUUAUGCUCUUCAUAUGGCCACAUGGUGUAUCACGAGGGAAGUUGUUUUGGCUUCUUCUGAAGAAGAGUUGUUUUUCCUUUGCCUCCUGACCAGCCAUUUGCCUUGGCCGAAUGUAGAUAAGUUUGUUGAAAUAUUCCAGCUCUGCUGGAAGGAGACGUGGUUUUGUACUUCAGAUUUUCAAAUACUGCUCCUAAGAACAUCCAAUUAAAGACUGCUGCUUUCCUAAAUCCCA